CCAUACGAAAAUAUUAACUCUAAAAAUAAGACGCAAAAAUAUAAAACAAAGAGGGAAGAAAGCGGAGAGGGAGAAAGGGUUUUCGGUGUUCCAAAGCAGAAGACUGGAAGAGAGUGCCAAGCAGCCUAGAUAUAUUCUCUUCUUCUUUCUUUCCUCGCCCUCUUUUCCAUCAGCAGCGCGCUCAGCCAGACAGAAGAAUAAGAGGAAGCGAAAGUCACCGGAAAAAAAAAAGUUGAGAAAGAAGAGGAUAAACAGAAGUCCGGCCAUCGGCGUCGUCUGUACUCAGAUCUGAUUGGGGGGCGGUGUCGCAGAGGGGAGGGGGAGGAAGGAAGAUGAGUGGUAAAGGAGGCGGCGGCGGAGUCGGAGUAGGGCACAGCAACAGCGAUAGGAACCAUGGCGGAAAGGGUAGCAAUGGAACUUCCGCCAUACCGGCGGGCUCCAGGAAGAUAGUUCAGAGCUUGAAAGAGAUUGUCAGCUGUCCCGAGGCGGAGAUCUACGCGAUGCUCAAGGAGUGUAACAUGGACCCUAACGAGGCCGUUAAUCGCCUCCUCACUCAAGAUCCUUUCCGUGAAGUUAAGAGCAAACGAGAAAAGAAGAAAGAGAAUAAGGAUACAACAGACAUUCGGCCCCGUGGUGCUAAUAAUGUAACACAUCGCGGUAGCAGGGGUAGUUCAGACCGGUAUGGGCGUGCUGGAUCAAAUCAAUAUGGCUCAACUGGUAUGAACAAAUCUGGUGUUUUGCAUGGUAAAUCUGCUUACAGGAAGGAAAAUGGAGCACAUGCUUAUGCAGGUUCUACUUCUUAUGCCUCUGCCACUGCAGGGAACAAUAGUGGGUGGCGAGCUCAAUUUCCCAGCGAUUCUUCGAGUGCUGAAAAUAAAACACCAACUGUAAGCACAGGUGAUGGGCUUUCCUCAUUAGUGCAGCCUACUCCUGGAAUUCAAUCUGGCUGGGUUGCGGUUCCUGGUCAGGUAUCAAUGGCAGAUAUUGUGAAAAUGGGAAGGCCUCAGAGUAAGGCAUCUGGACUACCUACCCACACUGUUAAUGAGCGGCAUGGAUGGUCAUCUGCACACAAUGAUAUGCAUUCAUCUGAAAAUAGUGUUCACAAGGUGUCGGAGAUGCACAAUGAACCAGAAGCUUCUGCAAGUCAUGUUUAUUCCAAUGACUGGCCAUCAAUUGAGCAGCCAUCUGGUGUUAAUGUGUCAUCUUUUAUGGAGGCACCUACAGAUCCUGAGGUGUAUGUGAACUCAUCAAGCUUACCUUUAGUUAGAGAAGAUGACCACGUGAGGUCCGAGCCAGAUGAAACUCAGUCAGAAGAGGAUGAUCUUGUUGAAACGCUUAACGAAAGUCAAGUUGGGCCUCCUUCUGUAUCCAGUAGACAUAUACAGGAAGAUGGCACUGGGGGUUCCUCACUAUUCAACAAUGAUCUGUAUGAGAAUAUUAGCUCGUACCAGUCUCAUAGACACACUUUUGAGCAUAAUGAAGCGGAGGAUGGUUCAUCAUCUGUCGCUGCAAAUCUACAGCAAUUGAGCUUGCAGAAUGAAGAUAAGGUCGGACCACCUGAAGAAGAUAACCCUGUUGUGAUAAUUCCGGAUCAUCUUCAAGUUCACGCUCAAGAUUGUUCGCACUUGAGUUUUGGUAGCUUUGGUUCUGGCAUUGGUUCGGGUUUGUCUGUGCCAUUUGGAUCUAGCGCGUUGGCAAAUAAUCUGGAAGAGACGUCUGACACGGUGGAAGCCUCCACAGCAGGUCACUCAGAUGCUAGAGAUCCCGAGUACUAUGCGGAUGAGCACCUAAGAAGUACAACUGAAGAUGAUUUAGUUCAUAGAAGUAGUAAUGUGAAUGCUGGGAACUAUGAUUCUCCUGCAGUCCCUCAACCGCAAGUCUUACAGGAGGAAACACAGGAAGCUGCUCAGGGAAAUCAAUAUGCGUUUGCCUCAUCUACUCCUGGCUAUAAUUAUGAAAACACUCAGCAUUUAGACGCUUCCUUUAACAGUCAACAGCCGAGCUCUCAGAUGCAGAACAUUGCUGCCUUCUCAAGUGUCAUGCAGGCCUAUUCGAACUCAUUGCCUAGUGCAUUGUUGGCUUCAAAUGUGCCAACAGGGAGGGAGCCUGAUCUGCCAUACUCACCUUUCCCAGCGACUCAAUCCAUGCCUACAAAGUAUGGCACUACAGCCUCUUCUAUCAGUGGUCCAAGCAUGUCCAUGCCUGAGGCUUUGAGAGCCUCCAGCAUUUCCACGCCUCAGCCAAAUCAACAACAAUCACUUGGUGGUGGUGCUGUUGCCACAGGACCUGCUCUGCCUCAGCAACUUGCCGUCCAUCCAUAUUCACAACCUGGGCUUCCUCUGGGCCAUUAUGCGAAUAUGAUUGGCUAUCCUUUCUUGCCUCAGAGCUAUGCAUAUAUGCCAUCACCGUCGGCUUACCAACAGACUUUUGCAGGCAAUAGCAAUUACCACCAGUCUCUGGCAGCUAUGCUUCCCCAGUACAAGAAUACCGGUUCUGUAAGCAGCUUGCCUUCCCAGUCUGCUGCCGUCCCGUCUGGAUAUGGGUUUGGGAAUUCAUCAAGCAUUCAUUCAGGAAACUUCCCUCUCAACACCCCUGCUGCCCCUGCUGGCACAAAUAUUGGCUAUGACGAUGUGUUGAACUCGCAGUACAAGGACAGCAACCAUUUGAUGUCUCUGCAACAGCAGCUGAAGCUCAACUGAUUUUGGCGUUUCAUUUUUGUCUGUUAGAAUGAAAACUCAGCAAUGUGGAUUCACGGUCAUGGAUCACGCACCAUGUCAACAGCCCCUGCAAACUCAUAUUACAACUUCCAGGGGCAGAACCAGCAGCAGCAGCAGCAGCAACAGCAACCCUCGGGGUUUAGGCAAGGGCAACAACAGCCGUCACAGCAUUAUGGUGCUCUUGCGGGGUACCCGAAUUACUAUCAUUCCCAGACAGGGUUAUCCCAUGAUCAUCAGCAACAGGGCAUAAGGGAUGGAUCUCUUGGCGUCAGCUCACAAGGCCAGGGCCCGAAGCAGACCCAACAACAGCUAUGGCAAAACAGCUACUAAAGGGUAAUGCUACGUUGCCUUCCCUGCCAUCACCUCGUGUUUUUUCAGGGUCUUUGUAGUGAGUUUGAAAGUGGCUAGAGGGCAAUCCGAAAAUAAUAGAUCGAAUGUAAGAUUUUUUCCUCCUGUUUUUCGGUGGCUGCUACUGCCCUGUGCCACGAGGCUGUACUCUCUGCAUAAUAGGUAUCUCUGCUCUGGUUUAACCUUAGGAACAAGAAAGAAGAGUGCUAAUCUCAGUGUUUAGUGGAGGACCCGCUUUCCGUUAUCUGCAGUUUUUGUGGUUUUGUUCUUUUGAUAGUGAAGAAACUUUGCUCUGCCUUAAUGUAGUUGUGAAGUCUUAAGCUCCUCGUGAUGGAAACCCUUUCCUUCCUACAUGUGAACUUUUCAACAACAGUGGGUUGGAACAGGCUUUUCUUGAUGGGUUUCUCCCUAACAUUGUCUUGUAGUUCCAGUCUCUUGAUGUGUGUUUUUUUAUGUUGAGAAUGUAAUAUAGUAGAAGUAUUGAGCGUUUGGUGCUAAUUUGGUUCACUAAACAAAGUUAAGAAAGAUUUCCUUUGCUUUAUGUUUGGUUUGCUUCGUGGUGGUGCUCCCAUUGUUAUUCUUCCAUAAUAG